AUAAAAAAUUACUUGAGUGGCAUGAAAACAAUUAUUGUGUUUUAAUAAAUACACAAACUGAAUAAUAACAAACAAAAAAAUCACAAUUUUUUAAUUUUCAGAAUCUAAUUCAUAAAAAUGCUGCGUAACCCUAAUUAUUUAUAUGGCGACGAUACGUUUCUGAGAGUACCGCCGCAUUUGAAUUGUGGCAAAUAUUUGCUUCAGAAGUUAUGGCCGCACAACAAUAAAGUUGCACUGAUCAACGGCAAAACACACAACAAAUUAUCCUAUCGAGAGCUAGUUAAAGAUGCCAUGCACCUUGCCAUCUCACUCGCUCGUAUGGGCGUUAAAAAGGGAGAUACUAUUGGCAUAUGUUCAGAGAAUAGGAGAGAAUAUUACAUUGUUGCCAUAGGAGUUAUGUGUACAGGUGCUACUUUGACUUGUGUGAAUCCAUCUUAUACAGAAGGUGAACUCAAGCACGUUCUGGGAAUAUCGAGACCCAAAAUCUUAUUCUCCUCCCCAACCGCCUACGAAAAAGACGCUAAAUCUUUUGAAACGUUACCCUAUCUUGAAAAAGUUAUACUUUUCGGGCAAGCAAAACCUAACAACACACUACUUUAUGAAGAUUUAACAAAACCAGCGACUGAUGUUGAGAUAAAUUUAGAAAAUUUCGAAGUACAAGAUGUGGUUGGACAAAUUGAUACAGCUCUAAUAUUAUAUUCGUCAGGAACUACGGGUUUACCAAAAGGAGUUAUGUUGACACAUUUGAAUUUAAUAGCUACAUGCGAACAGCCGUACACAAUGGACCCAGAGGAAAUAAAUUUGUUUGUUACGCCGUGGUACCAUGUCAUGGGGAUGGUAGGAACGUUAAGAGUAUUUUGUUCUGGAGGCACUUUAGUACAUUUGCAGAAGUUUGAUCCUGAUCUGUAUAUGAAAACUAUCGAGACCUAUAAAAUAGUGCAAGUAACAGUUGCUCCACCUGUUCUCAUAGCAGUUUGCAAGACCCAAGCUAAUUAUGACGUCAGUACGAUAAAAUUGGUAUAUUCUGGUGCAGCUCCUUUAAGAGAUGACACUAUUGAAGCUGUGAAAGCAAGAUUCCCAAAUCUAAAAGCAGUGUUGCAAGGCUACGGAAUGACUGAGAGUACGUUAGCUGUAACCAGAGAUACCUACAAUUCUGAUCCAAGAACCAAAGCAGCUGGAGUUGGUCAAGUUUUAAAUAGCGCUAUCGUUAAGAUAGUAGACGUAGAAACAAGAAAAGUCUUGGGACCAAACCAGGCAGGUGAAAUAUGUCUGAAGGGGCCCAUGAUAAUGAAAGGAUACAUCGGCAAAGAUAGAAGAGAAGACUUUGAUGAUGAAGGUUUCUUCAGAACCGGGGAUAUUGGAUAUUAUGACGAUGACAAAUACGUUUUUAUUAUCGAUCGCUUAAAAGAACUUAUCAAAUAUAAAGGGUUUCAGGUUGCUCCCGCUGAAGUGGAGGCAGUACUGCUCCAGCACUCGGGUAUCAAAGACGCGGGAGUGGUGGGGGUGCCACAUGAAACCGCGGGGGAAGUACCGCUGGCGUUCGUUGUGCUACAAACGGGGUAUAACCUGAGUGAGGAGGCGAUUAAGGCUUAUGUUGCUGAAAAGCUUUCAAAUCCAAAGCACAUACGCGGCGGCGUCAUGUUCGUGAGAGAGAUACCAAAGACUCCAAGUGGGAAAAUCAUGCGAAAACAAUUACGUGAAAUGGCGAAAACUAAAAGCAAAUUACUUUUGAGUGAUAACAAGUUCGAUAAACAAGUUAUAAAGAACUUCGGUGGGGACUCUGAUGCUGUAAAUUCAUACGAAGAAAUAACAAUAUUAGAUGACAAAGGAGAGUUGAAAAAUUUUAAAUUUAAAGCAGCGAAACCAAAAAUUCCCGUUAAAAACCAAAAUUUAGUGAAAAACAAUGACAAAGUGACUGAUUAUAGUGAAAAAAUUGGUGACCAAAAUGACAUUUCGGCGAAUAAACAGAAGCCAAAGUUUUUUGAUGAAAUUGGCUAUAAUUUGGAUUUGAGUGAAGACGAGGCCUCGGAUAGGAGACGACCAGUUAAUGGUCAGGAAAAGGACAUUUUAUUGUUAGAAGCUUUAGCAACGAGGAAGGUUCCAUAUCAAACUGGAUACAGUACAUCACAAACGGACCAGUCGAUAAUGGAUCUGUUAGGAAAAAUGAUACCGCAGUCGUGUCGCUAUCGAGGCGCCAGAUUCUCCUGCGGCCUCAGCAUAUCGUGCGUUAUCAACGGUGGUAAGCCCAUGGACUUGUGCUCCGGUGGCAUGAUCUGGUCGUGCUGCAUAGUCAAGGAAACCACUGAACGACCCACCGAGAUCGCACCUUUAGUACAUAACGCUAGUGACCUAAUAGAACUGAUCGGCUCACUGCCCCACGAAACAUUCGACUACCAUACUAAUACACCGUACGACGAUCCAAUCAUCAUCUACACGGAGCCGAACCGGCCGAAACCGCACUACAACCGACCCACAAACCAGUUCAAUCCAGAUCAAACCGGUUCGAACCGCCCGAAACCAACCACAAACCAGUAUAAUCCAGAUCAAACCGGUUCGAACCGACCAAAACCUGACUGGAGCAUAGAUUAUAAUCAGAACAAUUUCUACCACGUCAAACCGUCUUACCAUGAAAGUACUACACAUGCGCCUGAUGGCUUUUACACGGAUAACGUAGGGGUAAACAAACCGGAAGGUGGUACUGAUGAUUACGUUCCUGUUCACACGAGUGUUCAUAAGCCGCAGAAACCUAGUUACCCGGGUUGUGGGGAACAUUACACUAGAUCGAACCGUAUAGUAGGUGGCCACUCCACCGGAUUCGGAUCCCAUCCUUGGCAGGCUGCUCUCAUCAAAUCUGGCUUCCUUAGCAAGAAGCUAGCUUGCGGAGGAGCUUUGAUAUCUGAUAGAUGGGUUGUCACCGCCGCACAUUGUGUUGCUACCACGCCAAACUCUCAACUGCGAGUGCGUUUGGGUGAGUGGGACGUCAGAGACGCGGGGGAGAGGUACUCCCACGAAGAGUUUGCUGUGCAGCGCAAGGAAGUUCACCCCUCGUACGAACCAUCUGACUUUAGGAACGACGUGGCUUUGGUGCAGCUGGACAGAGAAGUCGUUUUCAAGCAGCAUAUUUUACCAGUAUGUCUACCGCAGAAGCAAAUGAAGCUGGCUGGCAAAAUGGCGACCGUCGCUGGCUGGGGUCGGACCCGACACGGUCAGAGCACCGUGCCGACAGUAUUACAGGAGGUGGAUGUGGAGGUGAUACCAAACGAGCGUUGUCAGCGUUGGUUCCGAGCCGCUGGUCGUCGGGAGACCAUACACGAUGUGUUCCUGUGCGCUGGAUAUAAAGAGGGAGGUCGGGACUCUUGCCAGGGCGAUUCAGGAGGCCCUCUCACAUUGAAAUACCAGGGGCGAAGCACCCUCAUAGGUCUAGUCUCAUGGGGCAUUGGUUGCGGUCGAGAACAUUUGCCCGGAGUUUACACAAAUAUACAGAAAUUUGUACCUUGGAUCGACAAGCUGGUUACGACGUAAACCUUUAACAAUAAGUCAAUUAAAAAUCGCAGCCUUUAAAAAAACUCGUUUAAUAAAUAGAACAUUUUAAGCAGGAGCAAUAUAAAAUUGUUGC